CCAGCUUCCGGUUUACAUGAGUGUUGCUAAAUGACGAGCUGCCGCAAUCUUUAAGCGGACGCUUUUUAAAUAGCAACAAAUACACUCUUAAGUUACUAAGGACUGCAACGUAAUUUACAAUUUAUUUAGUGUUUCGUAAAACCUUUCAAAACCGGGGCCGAAGAAAUACAUCGCCUCGGCGCGAUGUUGUUAGCAAAUGUGUCAAUGUUUUAUUGACACAUUGAACCGUAAUAUUGCUGGCUAGCACAGCGUCUGUAAAAUACUGAACAGGUUUAUUAUUAAGCCCCUUGGGAACAAAUUGGAUAGAAAUCCCGUAAGAAUGUCCGACUCCGACAGUGAUGAGGACCAAGAUCGCCCUUUCUCCAUUACUGGCUUCUUGUUUGGGAACAUAAAUGAAGAUGGCCAACUCGAGGACGACAGUGUCCUGGACAACGAGUCCAAAAAGCAUCUGGCCGGCUUGGGUAAUCUGGGUCUGAGCUCCCUCAUCACAGAGAUCACCUCCAAUGAGGAUGAUGAGCAAGAGGAAAGUAAAACACCCACCAAUGUGGAUGCUGAAGGUUGGGUGAAAAGCACUGAAGAUGCAGUUGAUUAUUCUGACAUCAGCGAGGUUGCUGAGGAUGAAACACGGAAGUAUCGACAAGCCAUGGGAUCUUUGCAGCCCUGCAGGAAAGCAGAUGAUGAAGAUGACUACGAUGCAGACUGCGAGGAUAUUGAUUCCAAGCUCAUGCCUCCUCCCCCACCUCCAAGCUUUUCAACACCCGCUAAAAAAGAAGAGCCCGCAUCUCAGAAUGCAAAUGUCGGGGAAGAGGGUGAUGGUAUCAUCCUGCCCUCUAUCAUCGCACCAUCAUCUACUGCCGAAAAGGUUGAUUUCAGCAGUUCCUCCGACUCAGAGUCGGAAUCGGACCGCCCCGGCCUGGCCUCCGGGCCCGGAGGCGAACCGGACAGCCUCACCCUCCCGCUUGCUGGCAUCAUGCAGAAAGAUGCUGCCAAAGCGCUACCUGGUGUCACAGAACUCUUCCCGGAAUUUAGACCUGGAAAAGUUCUGAGGUUCUUACGGCUAUUUGGCCCAGGGAAAAACAUGCCGUCUGUAUGGAGGAGUGCCCGAAGGAAGAAGAAGCGGAAGCACCGGGAUGUCCAGUCUGGGACUCCUCCGCCCGAGGGAGAGCUUGCAGAGGAAGGGCAGGAAAAGAAGUCUGGGUGGGUUUACGAGUACGCUACCCCUCCGCCCCCUGAGCAGUGUCUCUCGGACGAUGAGAUAACCAUGAUGGCACCCGUGGAGUCCAAGUUCUCACAAACCUGUUGUGACGGCGACAAGGAGACAGAAUCACGGCCUAAAGUUGCCGAAUGGCGAUAUGGGCCCGCCCAGCUCUGGUAUGACAUGAUGGGAGUCCCCGAGGAUGGGAGUAAUUUCAAUUACGGGCUGAAGCUGAAGGAAAUGGAGUCCAGCGAUCCUCAGGAGCAAAGCGCACAUGAAGAAACGACAAGGACCGCUAAGGAGGGUCACGACGGCCACGAUAACGAGACAGAGGAGGACAAAUUGGCCCUGGAGAACGAGGUCUUCUUGAUGGUGACGCAACUGCAGUGGGAGGAUGACAUUAUCUGGAACGGGGAGGAUGUGAAGCACAAGGGCACCAAGACUCAACGUGCCAGUCUUGCAGGGUGGUUACCCACUAGCAUGACCCGCAAUGCUAAUGCUUAUAACGCACAACAAGGUCUGACAAGAAGUAAUUCGCAAUUGGUCCCAUCUACCCCUCCUCUUAUGCCCAAAACCUUGUCCAUAACCGGCUUGAAGCGGGACAAAAACAGCCAAGAUCAUCACUCCAAUCAAGACGAUGAUACUCCUUGGUUCUCAAUUUUCCCCAUUGACAGCGAGGAGUUAGUUUAUGGGCGCUGGGAAGACAACAUUAUCUGGGAUGAUCAGGAAAUGGAUCACUUACUCACUCCUCCGGUUCUCACACUGGAUCCCAAUGAUGAGAAUAUCAUUCUUGAAAUUCCCGAUGAAAAGGAAGCGUCGACAUCUCACUCCCCGUCAAAAGAGAACAAGAAGGAAACGGCAAUCAAAAAGAGUCGCAUCCUGCUUGGGAAAACUGGGGUGAUAAAAGACGAGCCGCAACAGAACAUGUCGCAACCUGAGGUCAAGGACCCCUGGAACCUCUCCAAUGACGAAUUCUACUACCCCAAACAGCAAGGUCUGAGGGGGACGUUUGGCGGUAACAUCAUUCAGCAUUCCAUCCCAGCCUUGGAGCUGAGGCAGCCCUUCUUCCCCACCCACAUGGGGCCCAUGAAGUUGCGGCAGUUCCACAGGUCCACAUUGAAGAAGUACUCUUUUGGACCUUUGGCUCAGCCCGGUCCACAUCCUGCCCAACCUCUGCUCAAGCACAUUAAGAAAAAGGCGAAGAUGCGAGAGCAGGAGCGGCAGGCUUCGGGAGGAGGAGACAUGUUCUUCAUGCGCACCCCGCAGGAUUUGACGGGCAAAGACGGAGAUCUGAUCCUGGCAGAGUACAGCGAAGAAUACCCCCCUCUCAUCAUGCAAGUCGGCAUGGCCACCAAAAUUAAAAACUACUACAAAAGAAAACCUGGAAAGGAUCCUGGAGCGCCAGAUUGCAAAUAUGGAGAAACUGUCUACUGUCACACGUCGCCUUUUCUGGGUUCUCUGCAUCCUGGACAGCUGCUCCAAGCUUUUGAAAACAACCUUUUCCGCUCCCCCAUUUACUUGCACAAAAUGCCCGAGACAGAUUUUCUGGUCAUCAGAACACGCCACGGCUACUACAUCCGAGAAAUUGUGGACAUUAUGGUAGUCGGUCAAGCCUGCCCUUUGUACGAGGUUCCCGGGCCCAACUCCAAACGAGCAAAUACCCACAUAAGAGACUUCCUUCAAGUGUUCAUUUACCGCUUGUUCUGGAAGAGCAAGGAUCGCCCGCGGAGAAUUCGCAUGGAGGAUAUCAAGAAAGCAUUUCCGGUGCAUUCCGAGAGCAGCAUCAGGAAAAGGCUGAAACUUUGUGCCGACUUCAAACGCACCGGGAUGGAUUCCAACUGGUGGGUGCUGAAACCUGAUUUCAGAUUGCCCACAGAGGAAGAGAUCCGAGCCAUGGUGUCUCCGGAGCAAUGCUGCUCUUACUAUAGCAUGCAAGUGGCCGAGCAACGACUCAAGGACGCCGGAUAUGGCGAAAAAUCAUUCUUUGCACCAGAGGAGGAGAACGAAGAGGACUUUCAAAUGAAGAUUGAUGACGAGGUGCGAACAGCUCCCUGGAACACAACAAGAGCCUUCAUCUCCGCCAUGAAGGGGAAAUGCCUUUUGGAGGUUACGGGUGUGGCCGACCCCACGGGCUGUGGAGAAGGUUUCUCUUACGUCAAAGUGCCCAACAAGCCCACUCAACAGAAGCAUGCAACUUAUGUCCAUAAAGCCUUGAUGCUGGAUGACAAAGAGCCAACCCCUGCUAAGAAGACCGUGACUGGGACAGAUGCCGAUUUGAGGAGACUGUCACUGAAAAAUGCCAAGCAGCUGCUCCGCAAGUUUGGUGUUCCAGAAGAAGAGAUCAAAAAGCUCUCACGCUGGGAAGUGAUUGACGUGGUGAGAACCAUGUCCACCGAGCAGGCUCGUUCAGGAGAAGGCCCCAUGAGCAAGUUUGCCAGAGGUUCACGUUUCUCUGUCGCUGAGCACCAGGAGCGGUACAAAGAGGAAUGUCAGCGGAUCUUUGACUUGCAGAAUAAGGUGCUGGAGUCGACGGAAGUUCUCUCCACAGACACAGAUAGCAGCUCAGCCGAGGAUAGCGACUUUGAGGAAAUGGGAAAGAAUAUUGAGAACAUGCUGCAGAACAAGAAGACCAGUUCACAGCUGUCACGCGAGAGGGAAGAACAAGAGCGGCGGGAGCUGCAGAGGAUGCUGAUGGGGGAGGAGAGCGAUCGUGACAACAAGGGGCGGAAGGAGCGCCGCAAAAUCUUGUCGAGUUCGUUGUCCAUCAGCUCCCACAAAGAUGAUGACACAUCGUCAGUCACCAGCUUGAACUCCGCAGCCACAGGACGCCGUCUUAAGAUCUACAGAACCUUCAGGGACGAGGACGGCAAGGAAUAUGUUCGCUGCGAGACUGUGCGCAAAUCCGCCGUCAUCGAUGCCUACACCAGGAUCCGAACGACCAAAGAUGAUGAAUUCAUACGAAAGUUUGCCCUCUUCGAUGAGCAGCACAGAGAAGAGAUGAGGAAGGAGCGUCGGCGGAUCCAGGAGCAGCUGAGGAGACUAAAGCGAAAUCAAGAGAAAGACAAGUUCAAGGGACCUCCUGAAAAGAAGUCCAAGAAGAUGAAAGAGAGACCAGACCUCAAGGUAAAAUUAAAGUGCGGCGCAUGUGGUGCCAUCGGGCACAUGAGGACAAACAAGUUCUGCCCGCUCUACUAUCAAACCAACGCACCCCCUUCGAACCCGGUCGCCAUGACAGAAGAGCAGGAGGAGGAGCUAGAAAAGACAGUCAUCCACAAUGACAACGAAGAAUUGAUUAAGGUGGAAGGCACAAAGAUCGUGCUUGGCAAGCAACUCAUUGAAAGUGCUGAUGAGGUGCGCAGAAAAUCUCUGGUGCUCAAGUUCCCCAAGCAGCAGCUUCCUCCGAAAAAGAAGAGACGAGUUGGCAAUGCCGUGCACUGCGACUAUCUGAAUAAACCGCACAAGGCGAUCCACCGCAGGCGCACCGACCCCAUGGUGACCUUGUCCUCUGUGCUGGAGAGCAUCAUUAACGACAUGCGCGACCACCCGAACACAUAUCCGUUUCACACGCCAGUAAACGCCAAGGUUGUGAAGGACUACUACAAAAUUAUCACGCGGCCGAUGGACCUGCAGACACUCCGGGAGAAUGUCCGCAAACGAAUGUAUCCGUCCAGGGAGGAGUUCAGAGAAGCCGUUGAGCUUAUAUUCAAGAACAGCGCCACAUACAAUGGAGCAAAACAUCCGAUCACGCAAGUUGCGCAAUCAAUGUUGGAUCUGUGUGAUACGAAGCUGAAAGAGAAAGAGGACAGACUGGUUAGGCUCGAAAAAGCCAUCAAUCCUUUGCUCGAUGACGACGAUCAGGUGGCCUUCUCCUUCAUCCUUGACAACAUCGUAACCCAGAAGAUGAUGGUCGUACCAGAUUCAUGGCCGUUCCACCAUCCCGUCAACAAAAAGUUUGUGCCUGAUUAUUACAAGGUGAUUAUAGACCCGAUGGACCUGGAGAGUAUCCGCAAGAACAUCUCCAAGCACAAGUACCAAAACAGAGACGCCUUCCUCUCCGAUGUCACUCUCAUCCACACGAACAGCAUUAAGUACAACGGGCGCGACAGUCCGUACACCAAGACAGCACUGGAUAUCAUCAGUGUGUGCAGGCAGACCUUAGAUGAGUAUGAUGAACACUUGACACAGCUGGAAAAGGACAUCUCCACGGCCAAAGAGGCAGCUCUGGAUGCCGCUGACUUUGAGAGUCUGGAGAUGGCUCACGGAUCAUACAUGGGACAGUACGACGAGGACGAUAAAGACAUCUCCACAGCCAAAGGGUCGUUCAUGGACUUAGAGAGGCUGGCCUCAGCUUCGCCCUACAUAGCCCAGCCUGCUGAUCUGUUUGACAGCGGUGCUUCAGGCCCAUCAAGGGCACCCAGCAGCCUUUUCUCUGAUGGACCUCUAGUGGUUGCUUCUGAGAAGAGAGGGGGGCAGGCUCGCCACGGCAGACGGCUCAGGGAAGAAGAAUCGGAUGUGGAUAUUGAAGGCUUUGAGGAAGAAGACGGCAAACCGAAAACACCCGCUCCUGCCGAGGAUGCCGAAGGUGAUCUCGAGGAUGACGAUGACGACGACGAGAUGUUGCUGCCUCCGCGCAGACGCAUGCACAACCGGCAGGAGGAAGAAAAUGAACGCAGAUCCAACCCCCACACUCAUGCCAGCGUGCUGUAUCAGGACUUGCUCAUGUCCGACGGGGAGGAUGACGCCAGUGAGGAGGAGGGCGACAAUCCAUUCUCAACCAUCCAUUUAUCGGAGAGUGGCAGUGAUUCGGAUCGAGAGGUCGAUGUGAGACCGCCUCCGAGGCGAGCGCAGGAGACGGCGCGCAUGGGCAUGGAGGACGAGAGCAUGAUGUCAUAUGAAGCAGACGGGGCCGAUGAUGGGCCUCACAUGGAAGACAGCAACGUCAGCUAUGGCAGCUUUGAGGAGAGCCGCAGUCGAAUGCAACCGUCAGCCAGGGGGAACGUAGAAGACGAUGGCAUCAGCGAGGAGGAAGAGGAAGAUGAAGAGGAUGACACACGCGGGAGAGGCCCAGCUCCACAUUCCCAGUAUGAUGAGAAGGAGGGCAAAUGGUCAUUCAUGGACUUGGAAAGGCACAACACAACACCUGCACCGUACGCACAGCAGCCAUGGCAGCUACGAGGAAACACACACGAUGAAGGCAACAGUGAGGAGGAGGAAGAAGACGAAGAGGACGACGCACGGCGGAGAGGUCCAGCCGUACUUUCGCAGGUCCAGCUCAGCGAGGAUGAGGAGAGCGAAGAAUUCAGAUCCAUCGGAGGAGACAGCGACAUGGACUCGGACUAGAUUCCUUUUUUUGCUACCAAUAUCAAGACAGAAAGUUUGAAACUAUUUUUUUAAUACAUUUAUCAUGUAAAUAUGUAGUACAGUUUUCUGUGAGCCAUUUUUCACAAAUGCUUGUAACGUCAGCGCUUCCCAUUGUAAAUUUCUGCGUUUAUUUUACCCAUUAUAUUUAUGUGAGACAUUUGAUUUCAUUCUGUAACCACAAACUACAUUCUUGCAAUGGAAAAAUAAACAAGAAUAAUUUCUUCA